CCCACCGACUACUUGGACGCCCCCCUCUCUCUCCUUGAACACUGGGUGACGCUGUUUUACGCACUGCAAUCCAAACCAAAUCCUGUAUGAGGUGGAAGUUUUUCCUUUCCACGUUCAGUAAUCUGACACCCAAAAGACUCAGCAGCAGAAGGAUGGACCCUUAACUCGGCUGGAAGGACGGAAGGACGGAACAGUCAUCCAACGAGCGCAAACGAGAGGGACCGAGCAGAAGCGAAACGCUGUGCGCAAAAAACAACCCCGUGGCUGCGGCAGUGGAGGAGAGCUUGGGUGCCUGCGCGUCUCCAAAAUAACUGGCUGUCCGCCUCAAAUGAUCCCAAAGCGACAAGUUCCACUUUCCACAGGCGGAUGGGUGACUUUCCACGGCGCUUUGUGAGGAGUAGAUGAUGAAGAAUUUUAGCAGCAGUCCCCUUCACAGCAACAACCAGACUCCCAACCACAUCAGAGAGCGAAACAACAGAAAGUACGGCUUACUCUCUGCUAUACCGUUGCGAUUUUCCUUGCGAGGUUAUGGUUUCUGCAUGGCUACGCUGUUCUUCUUCUGUUUCGGCUCCCUUUUCUACCAGCUGAACGGAGGACCCCCUAAAAUCCUGCUGGACAUCCGACAGUAUCUCGGGGAAUCCACAUAUCUGGAUGACCACGGACCCCCUGCUCCAAGAGUGCUCCCGUUCCCCAGCCAGGUGGUUUAUAACCGGGUGGGGAAGUGCGGCAGUCGGACGGUGGUCAUCUUACUCAGGUUACUGGCUGAGAAACACCAGUUCAACCUGGUCUCCUCAGACAUUCACAAUAAAACACGCCUCACAAAACAUGAACAGGUGGAUCUCAUGAAGAACAUCAGUAAUAUCCCUCAGCCAUUCCUCUAUACACGGCAUGUUCACUUCCUCAACUUUACCAGGUUCAGGAUAGAGCAGCCUGUCUAUAUCAACAUAAUCCGGGACCCCAUCAACCGGUUCCUCUCCAACUACUUCUUCCGUCGCUUUGGUGACUGGAGGGGUGAGCAGAACCACCUCAUCCGCACUCCAGGGAUGAAGGAUGAUGAGAGAUACCUGGAUAUCAAUGUGUGCAUUCUAGAGAAUUACCCUGAGUGCUCCAACCCCAGAGUUUUCUACAUCAUUCCCUACUUCUGCGGACAGCAUCCUCAGUGCAGGGAGCCAGGAGUAUGGGCUCUGGAGAGGGCCAAACAGAAUGUGCUGGAGAACUACCUUAUUGUUGGUAUCCUGGAGGAGCUGGAGGAUGUUCUCCUGCUGUUGGAGAGGCUCUUACCUCAUUACUUUACUGGAGUACUCAACAUCUACAAGAGCCCUGACUAUAGGAAGAUGGGGAACAUGACAGGCACAGUACGUAAACAUACACCCACUCUAGAGGCCCUACAGGUGCUGUACCACCGAAUGCGCUACGAGUAUGAGUUCUACAACUUCAUCCGUGACCAAUUCCACCUCAUGAAGAAAAAAAUUGGCCUGAAGUCUGUCUCCCAACCCACCGCCUACUCACCUGCUUUUCUUCGAGAGCUGGCCCUCCGGACCCCAGAGCCCCUGGAUGAAGAUGAGGAGCUAGACACAGACCUGGAGGAUGCCAACAGCUGGCUGGUCCAUUCCUAAGCUGUUUGAUGAACAGUGGAUAUAGCCAAAAAAGCUGAUUGGCUAGAAGGCUGGAGAUAGCUGGAGGCAGCCUGAGGGCAAAGGGGAGCGUUCCCCGUCUUUCAGCAUUCCUCAAAGUGAGGUGUGUUCAGGGGUGUGCGGAUCCUGACGCUCAUGUUUGUACGGGCUCUUGUUUUCCAUCUGCAAUAGACUCCUAUCAUGACAGUCUCAGCACUGAGGACUAUAGGAGUUGAGUUAUUGGAAGGACAAAAGGCUCUAUUUAAAAAUUGACUAAAGACAAUGGGAAAUCAUGUUUUCAGCUCACUUUUGCGUGACUCGAGUUUUGCUUAAUUUGAGCUUGUCUUUAGGUUUGUUUCUGUAAAAAAAAAUCCAUCAUUGCUUUAAUCUCCAGGAGAGAUUAGCACAAGAUGUGGAUAGCUAAAUGUGUUUGGAAAUAUUCUAAAUGUUGGUCGCUGGGGUGUUUACUGUAGGAGAGGAUUUCAGAGACAUUGCCCAAGUAAGAGGUUCAUACUUUAUGAAAGGGUCAAUGUCCUAAAAGCUGGAAUGGGAAAUGGUAUCCAUAAAUUAAAAAAAAGUACCAAAACCCUUUUUUGUAUAUUAGUUGUUUAGGACUGUUGUAAGUGCCAAACCUCACUAAGAGUUCCAUUAACUGACAGGAACCUCUGUGCACAGCUGGUGGAGUUGUGACGUAGUCAAGUCAGUUGUUAUAAUAUUGAUUUAUAACAUUUUGUUUAAUUUGUAAGAUAUUAUUAGGUAUAAAUGAGGGUUAAACGGUAAGCACUCAAUUAUGAAUUCAGAGAAUUCCAACUGUGUGUGCAUGAACGAUUGAGUUUGACCAAACCAGCGGUGUAUUUUAGCAUAGAUUGAUUGUUUGGAUAAGGUCAUUUGUUGAGAAUAUAGGCUGGGUUUAGAGUCAAACACUAAAAAAAGCAUUCAUGGAGCGUCAUUUGUUUAAUCCAAAGUUGAAAAGAUUGAGUUUGCCAAAUACCAAUGUUUCUACUGCGAUGCAUUACAAAACUGUAUUAUACUGCACUUUCUCUGAGGUGACUUGUCCUGAAAUUCUGCAGCAAAAUGAGGGAUUUGGUCACAAAACUGGAUACUGAUUUGCCUUCAAUUUCACGUAGGAUUACGUUACUGUUUAAGGGUUUGUUUUCCCAUUCAAAAAUAUUAUCAUGUAAGUGUGAAGUGUUACCAAUGCCAGCUAACACUAAUUUCUAAUUCUCCAGCAGCUAUUCAGAGUGCAUGUUUUUCAUCACUCAUGUAAAAACCAGCCAGAGAACAGUAACCAUAAGCUAACAUGUAACUGUCAUCUACACAUUUCACUCUACCAUCCUUAUAUCCAUUGUCUGUACCUUUUCAUUGUCCUGGUUUGUGUUCAGUGUUUCCUUUUUUGCCAGUUUUAAUUUAUUAUUUUUUAUUCAUUUGCAUUCCAGAUAAGAUUCUCAGGAAGGAAAAAAACUGUUUGAUAACUUAAUCAUUUGUAUCUUUGGUCUCUGGUGGCUAUGAAACAAUUCUUGGCAUAUUAAGGGUGUCUAGAAUGGGUUUAUAUCAACAGCUAAAAACUGGUUAACAACAACUAAUGCAGUCCAUCAUUUUACAGUCUUCAAAAUAAAUGUCCUCUAACUAUUGCA